UGCUGGUGCGUAUAAUACGGUGUCAGGGAAUAAUAUGAUGUUAAUUGGUGUGUGGCCCUGUGCUUGGACUGGCUGAAUGUUAUUAUAACUUGGGUUUAAUAUAAACAUAAUGAUAAGAGUGCCUGGAAUUGUCCCCAGAUAAAGAAUAGAUAUAUAUAUUGAUAUUAUUUAUAUUGUGCUAUGGAUAAUGCUGAUAAUAUGUGAUUUAUGCACAGCCUCUAUGUGCUGUCUGUGUGUAUGGCUGGAGGUACAGCAGACCUGCUCGCUCUGUGUGUUGCCAUUCAUCAAUAGAGGGGCAUGUGGUGUCUAAAUGGCUGAUAACAAGGGUAAUGGUGGUAGCUGAACAGUAUGAUAUCCCAAAGAGACACAGGGGAUCUGGCUCGUUUCUACACUGUCACUGAUCCCAGGAGACACCAGAAAGGCUUCACCAUCUAUAAAGUCACAGCCAGGAUUGUGUCAAGAAAAAGCCCUGAAGAUGUUCAGGAGGUAGUUACUUGGAAGAGGUACAGCGAUUUUAAAAAAUUACAUAAAGAACUCUGGCAAUUACACAAGCUUCUCUUCAGACAGACUGAGCUCUUUCCACCUUUUGCCAAAGCAAAAUUGUUUGGGAGAUUUGAUGAGAGUGUGAUAGAAGAAAGAAGGCAGUGUUCUGAAGAUUUGCUCCAGUUUUCGGCUAACAUCCCAGCUCUUUACAACAGUGGCCAGUUUGAGGAUUUUUUCAAGGGUGGAGAAGUGCAUGAUGGUUCUGAUUUGAUUGGUCCGGUUGAACCAUUUCCAGAUUUUUGUGAUAAUCUAUCUGACUGUAGUUCUGAUGUAAGAAAGGAUUCCUGUGCACUUGAUGACGUGACCUUUGCCAGCCAGUCUGAAUGUGGAGGUCUGUCCAGUGACAGUGAUCUUCUCUCUCUGACAGUGGAUGUGGACUCACUCUCUGGGUUAGAUGAUGGAAUGGCCUCCAACCAGACUUCACCCAGUAAAUCGCUUGGCAUCUCUGCUUGUCCAGAAUCUACAGGACAGAUUGCCUCCAGUCUUGAGGGGGCCAAAGCUGAUACAGAGAAAGAGAGCCGCAGCUUGUUUACUUCCAAGUUAAAGCAAAAGCUUGGUAAAUCCGACUACCUGGUGAAGGCCGGCGAGUUAAUAACUCUGGCAUUGAAAAAGGAGACUGAACAGGACUAUGAAGCUGCAUUUGGCUUUUACAGGAAAGGUGUUGACCUUCUUUUGGAAGGUGUGCAAGGAGAGGCCAGCCCAACGAGACGGGAAGCUGUGAAAAAGAAGACUGCAGAAUACCUCAUGCGUGCCGAGACCCUGUCCAGCUUGUGCUUUAAACCUCCAUCAGAAGAGGCUACACUUAGUCUGCCUCCAGGAGCACGGAGUUCAAGGCCCUCUCGGAACCCAAGGAGUCCUGCAGAGGAACUGAAGACCUUCAGAGUGCUUGGGGUGAUUGACAAGGUCCUGCUUGUUCUGGAUACAAACACCCAAGAAACAUUUAUUUUAAAAGGUCUGAGGAAAAGCAGCGAGUACUCCGGGAACCGAAAGACCAUCAUCCCCCGCCGUGUGCCCAACAUGGUCUGUCUGCACAAGUACAUCAUCUCGGAGGAGUCGGUGUUCCUUGUGCUGCAACAUGCAGAAGGUGGAAAAUUAUGGUCACAUAUUGGCAAGUUUCUAAAUAGAAGCAUGGAUGGAAGCUUUGAUGUCCCAGAGGCAAAGAGUUACCAGUCAGAUGAAGACUUUUUGAAAACUCUGGCCCCUUGUCCGAGAAAUAGCAUGGAUUCCAAGGGAAGCAGUGACAAAAACAUGCUAACAGUGCAGCCAUUACAGAGCAGUCUUACGCUGAGCUCACAAGAUGACAGUAGCACUCAAGAAGAAGAAGGAAGAGAAAGUCCUGUCAAAUGGGUUGAUUCAGCAUCAAGUUCAGAGGAGGAAUGUACCACUAGCUAUAUCAACUUGUUGAAGGAGUACGGACAAGAAAAAAUUGAGCCUGAAUCUCUAAUAGAAGAUCCGUUACUCAAACUUGGACAUGAGGAUAGUGUAAAAGAUUUAGGCACAUUGCUGUCCUGCCAGAAAUUUAAGCUGCUAAAUGAUGAAAGUGAACACGAUGCAUUUAGACCGUCAGAGAUGUCGGACACACUAAGAAAAUCCAAAAACAUCCCUAUGGAAUUUUUUCGAAUAGACAGUAAAGAUAGCACUAGUGAUUUAAUAGGUAUCGAUUUUAUGGAUAAGGCUUUUAACUCAAAUUCUGAAAUGCUGAAGCCCUCUUCUUCGUUCCAAGAUGACAUAGGUGAAAUUCAAAGUAGUGAUGAUGGUAAACCAAGCAUAGGCUCCCAUGACACUAUCAGCAGAGGAUCAAAUGACUCGGUACCAGUUAUAUCUUUCAAAGAUGCAGCCUUGGAAGAUGUUAGUAGCAUUGAUGAAGGCAGACCAGAUCUACUGGUUAAUUUGCCGAGUUCCGAGCUGCUGGAUGAGAGUGAAGUAAGUUCAAAAUGCAGUCCAUUGGAAAGCGAUGUUAUGGACGACAAGUUUCUUGAAACACCUGAUGUCCUACAGGUUAAGAGCAGUUUAGAUCAAUUGCAGGAGGAAAAUGCACUUUUUAUUGAAGGUCCCUCUCUUAAUCAGCAGCCACAAAAUGUGACAAUGUAUGAGAUGGAGAAUGGGAACAUUAAACACCCCUCAUCAUCAGCUGACUUUGUCACACCAGUGAAUAGGACAAGUGCUUCAGAACUUUUGCUUGUUGAUCCAGCGUCUUUCUCCUCCUUACAUUCUUCAACAACAGAAGAAACCUUACAACCUCAAGACGGGUUAUUAUCUGACAUUCAGGAGUUUGGUGUCGCCCAAGAAACUCUCCCACAGGCCUGUUCAGACUUUUCUAACGAGCUACCCCAAACUCUAAUGCUUGAGAUCAAAGUUGAAGACAUAGACGAAAAGUGCACCGAACGACGAGAGCAGAAGGAUAUCCAUAAAAUAUUCCAGGAGCUUGACGCAAAAUUAUCAGAAGCGACCCAUUCUUUCAUCCCAGAGUCAUGUAUACAGCAGUGGGGCGCUCAAAUAGUUUUAGCUCUAGAUUCCCUGCACCGGGAAGGAAUUGUGUGUCGCGAUUUGAACCCAAACAACAUCUUAUUGAAUGAUAGAGGACACAUUCAGCUAACAUAUUUUAGCAGGUGGACUGAGGUUGAAGAAUCCUGUGACAGCGACGCUAUGGAGAGAAUGUUCUGUGCCCCAGAGGUUGGCGGGAUUGCCGAAGAAACCGAUGCAUGUGAUUGGUGGAGUCUGGGAGCUUUGCUCUUUGAACUUUGCACUGGGAAGGCCCUGGUUGAUUGCCAUCCAGCAGGAAUAAAUACUCACACAUCUAUCAACUUGCCAGAUCAUGUCUCAAAAGAAGCCCGUUCUUUGAUUCAGCAGCUUUUGCAGUUUAACCCUUUGGAGAGACUUGGCGCUGGAGUGUCAGGUGUAGAAGACAUUAAAUCUCAUCCUUUCUUUGCUGGAGUGGACUGGGAAGCAUUUACAAGACCUCACAGUACAGGAAGCAAUUGUUUACUAUAAUAGAUCCUUACACAGAAAGGGCAAUGGAGUCACAUUCCCCGACGGAGCUCCUUGUGAUCAUACAACAGUGACUUGCUGACAUAGCUAGGGCAUAGAGUGCAAUGCCAUCCUUCAGACUAAAAACAGUAGGUACUUUAUCUGUGCUAAGAUGAAGGUGGAGACAUUCUACUUAAGGACGCAUCCCCCAAAACAUGAACAUUUGUUCCAACUGUUCAAAGAGAAAGAAAAUGAUUGUAUGCUCUGCAUGUUCUCUUGAUUGAAGAUGUGUGAAAGUGUAUGAAGAGCCUGUAUAAUACUGCAGGAAUUGGCACCAAUAGGUGUGUUUCAGUUGGCUUGUAUUGAGUUCUAUCAUGUAUUUACCCAGGGCUUUUAAAAAAGUAAUAGGAUAUUGUAACAAAUGUACAACAAUAAAACUAUUCAUUGGUCAUA